AUGAAUAGGAAGUUGAUAGGUUUAUUCCUAGUCGCGCUACUGUGUAUGCAGCUGGUUGUCGAUACACAUGCUGUAGUUGCCAAGAAAAAGAAGAAGACAAGAGUGAAGAGAGAGAUUGACCAGGAGCUGACCAAGCGCCAAUGGUACAAGUCUGCGGUGGAACUCACCAAACAGAUGGCUGCUGACCCAGAGUACUUUAAGGACCCCGAUGCCGGCGCACCAAAGUUCAUGGAGGGCAUCAAGGCUGCAGUGGUGGGCGCCUCCGCCUUCAUCCCGGAUGUCGGUCCCAUUGUCAGUCCAACAUUGGACGUUGUCUGGUCGGCCUUCAUCGAGAACACCCAGAGCACACCGUUCAACGAGGAAUGGUUCUUGAGCGGCCUGCGCGCGGUUAUUGGCGAGGAGUUGGUCAAGUUUGACCUGACCGACAUCAAGGCCAAGCUCGACGCCACUGGCAUCCUCAUCACGACCUUUGCCGACUACGUUGAUGACUUUGCAACUUCUAACACGGAGGGCACGCGCGAGCAGGUGCGCGAUGCCUACAACGCACUCGAGACCGGACUGCGCAUGCAUCUGGCCGGCGACUUCAAGAAGGCUGGCUACGAACUUGGAGAGUUGCCAGCUUUUGCCAUUGCCGCCACCCUCUACUUCAUGCUUCAAUCCGAAUUCCACAAAAAUGCCGCCGCUUGGCAGUUUGACGCGGCCACCAUCAGCACUCAGCGCGGCUACUUCACCAAGUACCUCAAAGAGUACACUGACUAUACGCGCGCCACAUAUGACACUGCCGUCGCCAGCAUUGUCAACGCGCCGGACGAUCCACACGACCCGUACACCUCGGGCAAAAAGAAGUUUGACAAGGUGUUGUUGCUGCGUCGAACACUCAUCCCGCUCGUCUUUGACUACGUCUCUAUGUGGUGGCGCUACGACGGCCUGAUGUUCCCCAAUGGAACGUACGGUGAACAGGUUCGCAAGUUGUUCACUCCGACCGGAGGCUACGCCGUGGACAAGAACAGCGUGCCCAGCCCUGCCGAGUCGGGCGGCGAGUACUUCUUUGGCUACCUCAGCUAUCAGAAGCAUGAUGAACUGUUCACGGCAGGCCGCUUCGAGGAGUUCCGCGGCUUGAUCACCCAGGCUCAGAUCAAACAUAACAAGGAGUUCAUGCUGGCCAUCCGUCGUCACUUUAAGGACCCUGGCAACAAGAAUUUUGUCAUCCCAUGGUAUGGCAGCAAGAACGCCCCCGACGACUGGGUUGUCAAGACCAUGGACUUCAAUCCAACUUAUUCGGACCAGAGCAUCUCGCUCACCAGUGUGGCCUUCCCCCUGGAGAUCGCCUCCACCUCCCCAUCGUGCAAGUUUGAGUUCUCAGUUACUGGCGGCUCAUACCGCGAGGAGACCUGUCACGGCAUCUUCCAUCCCACAUGCGAGGUCAGCUAUGCGCAGUGGGACCUCGAGAAGACCACAGACCUCAGCGUGCCCGGCCACAAGAUUGGCGAUAUCUUCACUUGGAACCUCAACCCAUUGAUCAUGUACAACAGCUACGACGUGGUCGAUGUGCUCCAGGUCGGCUUCGUCCCUGCCGACGUCUUUGCCCAGAAUGUGGCCUUCAAACGUCUGACCACGAUAAUUGACGCUCAGAAGUACUUUGAGUACUCGGGCACCGUGACCUUUGCCAAGGACCACGUGACCAUUGGCGCCCACGCAAUGAAGAUCAGUGUGGGUGGUGCUCUGCGAUUCUAUGUCGAGUCCCAAGACUUGGCCAGCACCUUCUCCAUGGGCUUCCGUGGAAAGUCGUCUGGCGGCAUCUCAUUCGUCAACAUCUACAGGAACCUCGAUGGAGUCAAGACGCUGGUGGUCUCUGGUCUCAUCGGUAGUUCAACUUCAUAUUCAACAUUCUUUGAUAAUUAUACUCCAAUUCAGUUGAAGAAAGACCCUUACAAGAAGAAGGAGUACCUUACUCUUGAAGUGGAUGGUAGUGAUCUCUAUCUAAGUUCACUAAUCUUUAAACCAAUCGAUUAUAUACCUCCACCUUCGACAUAA